AAUUAUAUUUCGUGGUUUCAUUAUCGAUAUAAAUAACUGUGUAGUACUUUGACCUGUUGGGCAACAAUCGCACGUUUUAAAUUCACUCGAUUCUAAUUCGAUAACUACUUUUUUCCCAUCACUACUACUCCCUACCCCCUGACCGCCCAGCUUGCUGUCCUCAUUCUUUUUCCGUGCGGGCAACAGUCAACAAGUUAAAAAUGUCUAAAAGAACCUACGAAGAAAGGAUUGACUAUUACAACAAUAAAAUUAAAAAGUACAUGGAUAAAGAUCGACGGAAACGACGACGUUUGCGGUUGAGUUCAUCUUCGGAUGAUUUCCUAGAAAAUGACUACAGUAAGUACCCAUAUACAAUAUUAUUAAGUGUUCCGAAGUGCUUGUGAUACCAAUUACUGAAACCUAGCCGACAAUGAUCUGUUUAGUUACAAACGUUCAUGCCGGUUUUAUAUUGCCAUAGAUUCAAAAUUGAACACGGCAAAUAAAAUUUCAAAACUACCCGCCAUAGAUUCAUUUUAUGAACACGGCGUUUUCAAAUCAAAUCUGAUUUACCCUUUCUUCUCCUUCAGGGAGCGAGACCCUGGUGCUCGACCGAGACCAGGAGGCUAUCAUCGAGACCAUGGACCCUCCUCCAGAUCUCCGAGAUGAUUUAAGGGCUGGCUCCGCGGAGCCGCCCUCAGAAGACGCAGUGGACUUGAUCAUCGAGCCAACAGCGUCGGCCACGGAGCCUCCACCGGCCACAGACCCAGCGGUCGCCGACCAGCCCACGGGCGCCGAGCCCACCACUUCAACGACGGAUGUAGACCCCGAUAUUUUACAAGCUCUCGGGGAAGCUACGGACGUGGGACCUACGUUUGGCGAGGAAAUACACCAAACUUUAUGCCAAUUAUGGCAGCCCUUACUUAAAAAAGGUAUGUCCAAAGAAGCGAAGGACAAAAUUUUAAAACAGUACUUGGUUCCAAGCAACUGCACACUGCUGCAGGCGCCGAAACUUAACAUUGAAGUCUCCGCGACAGCCAACGAGAUGGUCAAGUCACGUGAUAAAAAAGUGGAGUCUGCCCAGCAACAACUUGGCGCGGGCAUCACGGCCAUCAGCAGAGCACUGACGACGCUGAUGACGACAAAUAAUAAAGUGGAGGCCGUUAGAGUAUUAAGUGAUGGCUGUCGGUUGCUAUGUGAUUUGCAUUUUAUGGAGACACAAGGCCGAAUCAAAAUGCUCGCAUCUGGGCUUACUAAGCCAUUCCUGAACGUCAUUCAAGACAGUGUACGGGACGAAACUUUGUUUGGUAAUAAUUUGUCUGAGAAGAUUAAAGCAUCAAAUACUAUAGAAAAACAAGGAAUGCAAAUAAGGAAGACACCACAACCUCCGAAAGCCACCACGUCCAGCCACUCAGGACCCAGACCUUCCCAGUUCCAGGGAAAUUGGACGGGCCCUCCUCGGUACCCAUACCCACCGAGCCGGGGGGGGCGCGGGGGACAGCGGAGGCCGCCACCCAGUGCGCGCCGCCCGGCGCCGGCGCCCGCGACCAGCAGGCCGCCGCCGCCGCAGGGCAGGUCGCGUGUCCCAACUCGUCCCUGAUGCAGACGGCGCCACCCACUGCACCAGACGCUUACCCUGGGGGCGGCGCUGCUCUCCGGCUCGCGUUCUCUCGCCGCGGAUGCCCACCGGAGGCCAUCGACCUAAUGAUAGCUUCUUUGUCAAAAAGCACAUUAAAAC